AUGGUUGAUAAUGAUAAUACAUACCUAUGCACUAUUGAAUCUAAAACACUGUCACGUUAUGGUGUUCAGGCUCGUUUCUUGACUUCUUUGCGACUUGGCUAUUUCCCAUCAACAACAUCUACGACUUCUGUUGAAAACAAAAAGAAUAUACCUAAGAUGGAUAUUGCACUUGCUUGGUAUUGUCAUUAUGGUGUUCUCACUCUAUUCAAGGGUGUUAAUCAAACAAAAGCAUGUCUCUGUCCACCAAAUUACUUUGGUUCUCAAUGUCAAUGGCAAAGUCAACGUGUUAGUUUGACUUUACAGUUUAGAAUGAGUAGUAUUAUUUAUUCUACAGUUAUUUAUCAAUUAAUCAUCAUGCUUAUUGAUGAACAAGGAACUAUUGCAUUCACUCAUGAACAAAUAAUAUAUAUGCCUGCUCACAAUUGUAAUACAAAAUUUAACAUCUAUCUACUUUAUCCACAUCGUCCCAAACAUUCAUCAACAAAUUAUUCGAUUCGUAUUGAUCUUUUUGACAAGUCAAUAUUAGAUUAUUGA